AUGAAUAACCAACAUUCGAGCGAUAUACUAUCAAUAGAUACAUACAAUAUUCGUAUUGGAUAUGGUUUCCUUCAUGAGCUAUCAGACUACGUUAUUACUUUGUCACCAGUUCAUGAGAAAUAUGUGUUGAUUACCGAUGAAAAUUUAUUCAGAGUUUAUGGAAAUACGAUCGUCAACAGUUUUAAAAAGAAUGCUAUCGAACUACUCUGCUAUGCUGUAUCACCAGGUGAAUGUAGCAAAAGUCGCGAGGAAAAGUCAAAUAUUGAGGAUUUCAUGCUUGCCAAUAAGUGUCAUAUAGAUACUAUAAUAGUAGCAUUUGGAGGUGGUGUUGUAGGUGAUUUAGCUGGAUUUAUUGCUUCAACAUAUAUGCGAGGUAUCGAUUAUAUCCAGAUUCCCACAAGCUUUUUAUCGAUGAUUGAUAGCAGUAUUGGUGCCAAAACGAGCAUUAACGUAGGCAAAUAUGGAAAGAACCUGUUAGGAUCAUUUUACCGCCCGAAAGCUGUUUUAAUUGAUACUCAACUAUUAGAAACAUUGUCAGCGAGAGAUUUAUGCAAUGGAAUGGCUGAAGCAAUCAAGAUUGCGUUGAUUAUCGACAAGCAUUUGUUCACAUUUAUUGAAGCGAAUAUCAAUCAAAUUCUUGAAAAAAAUACAGAGAUUAUGAAGAAACUUAUUUAUGAGUGCAUAAAACUGAAGGCAAACAUUGUUAUUCAAGAUGAAAAAGAAACGUCCGGAUUACGUUCAAUUUUAAAUUUUGGACACAGCAUUGGACAUGGCAUUGAAAUAUUAUCUAAUGGGAAGUUAUUACAUGGUGAAUGCGUAUCGAUUGGUAUGUUAUUAGAGGCAGAAUUAUCUAGAGAUAAAGGCUUUUUGAUCAAUUCAAAUGCUGUAAUAAGUCGUUUAAACAAUAUUUUGAAAUCUUUCCGUUUACCAACAACAGUACCGUCUCAUAUGUCUUUUGAAGACAUAAUUGAAAAAAUGUCAGUUGAUAAGAAAAAUCGUAACGGUAAGAAACAGCUUGUUAUACUGACAAAUAUUGGCUCAGUUAGAGCUUCACCACGCUAUACAACAGCCAUUGACGAUCAAGAUCUCAUUAAUCUAUUAGAUACAAACGUGGCCUUAGUUGCAGACGCCAUGAAUAUGAAUGGAGCAACAGUAAAUGUACCAGGCAGUAAAAGUAUAUCAAACCGAGUACUUCCACUAUGUGCAUUAGGUGCUGGUGAAUGUCGAGUACAUGGUCUACUUUAUUCAGUUGAUACUCAGACAAUGUUGAUCUGUUUACGACAAUUAGGUAUACACUAUCACUGGGAUGACAAUGAGGUCGUCGUUAUACAUGGAGUAAGCGGCAAACUAAAUCCCGCGGAUACAUUGACGCUAUAUUUAAACAAUUCGGGCACAUGUAGUCGAUUUUUAACAACUUUAUGCACUAUUUUACCAGCUAAAACUGAAAUAAUUCUUACUGGAGACGACCGUUUAAAAGAGCGCCCAAUUAAAGAUCUGGUUGAUGCACUAGUGCAAAAUGAAAACAGCAUUGACUACUUGAAUGAGCAUGGAUGUUUACCGAUAAAAAUCACAAGCAAUGGUGGAAUUAAAGGUGGAGAGAUAAGAAUGAAUGGGGAUGUAUCAUCACAAUACAUAACGAGUCUUUUGUUAAUAUCACCAUUUGCUUUAACGCCUAUGGUCUUAAAACUUAAUCAAGCUAAACAAAUUGUUAGUAAACCAUACAUCGACAUGACAAUUAACCUCAUGAAAACUCAGUUCGGUAUUCCUAUUGAUGACAGUGAAAUGUUCUCAUACACUAUACCCAACUCGGGCCCAUAUAAAAACCCACCAAAAAUACAAAUCGAAGGUGAUGCCUCGUCAGCAAGCUAUUUUCUAGGAAUAGCUGCUGUCCAUCCCGGUCUAACAGUAACCGUCGCUAAUAUUGGUUCUAAUAGUUUGCAGGGAGACAGCCGCUUUUGCAGAAUAUUGGAGAUGAUGGGAUGUCAUGUUACGCAAACGGAAACAACGACAACACUAACAGGUCCAAAACAGUUGCAAGCCAUUACUGAAGAGAUUGAUAUGAAUACGAUGACAGACACAUUCAUGACAUUAGCGUGUGUUGCCGUAUUUGCUCGUGGUUUAACUCAAAUAAGAAAUAUAUCAAAUCAACGUCUGAAAGAAUGUAAUAGAAUCGAGGCUAUUGUAGCCGAAUUGCGAAAGUGUGGUAUUAAAGCUUCAGAAACAGAUACUGGCUUGGAUAUAGAAGGCAAUAACAACGAAGAUAUAGAAAAAUCCGCUUUAAUCCACUCUUAUGAUGACCAUCGCAUUGCUAUGUCAUUUUCUAUAGUGGCUAGUCGUGGUCGAAGACUUCGUAUUAAUGACAAACGUUGUGUCGAUAAAACAUAUCCGGAAUUUUGGUUACAUCUGAAUAAGGUAUUUGGUCUCAAAGUUAUAUCACCAUCAUUAAUCUUUUAUGAAACUGUAGAAAAUAUCAAAAAAUGCUCAUCUAUCAGAAUAUUUUUAAUUGGCAUGCCAUGUUCAGGCAAAUCAACGAUGGCUCGAUUUAUUGCCAACAAAUUAAAAUAUUUGCUCAUUGACAUGGAUGACGAAAUAAUUAAGGAGAUCCAUGAAAGUUCUAUCAAAGAAUAUAUUGCUCAAAAUGGAUGGCAAAUGUUUCGUUCGUUAGAAUUAAGAGUAUUUAAUCGGGUUGUAGAAAUGGCAUCAUUGUCUACUCAGCAUGUUCUAAUUUCAUGUGGUGGCGGUUGUAUCGAAACACCGGAAAUUCGUCAUAAAUUAUGUCAAGAAUCAUAUGUUAUCUAUGUCAAUCGUCACUUAGACGACAUAAAAGAAGACUAUUCAAAAUGUAAGAUAGGUGAUCGACCCUAUCUAGAUUUAGAUAAAAAAUUUCAAUUGCGUAAAGUGCAUUAUCGUGAAUGUUCAAAUUACGAAUUUUGUCUGUUAGUAAACGACCGUGAUUGGCAAACAAAUGAAGUCAAUCUUCUAGAGUUUAUCAAAAGAAUAAUCGAUAAAAAGCCACAAUUGCCCGUGGCUGAUGAUAGUUUCUUCGUAUGCUCCACAUACAAGAAUCUAUUCAAUGCUACCAAAGAUGAAUUUCAAGCUGUAAUUCGUGGAUGUGAUGCAAUCGAAUUACGCAUUGAUCUCUUGGAAUAUCAUGACGCUGAUUUUAUUGGUCAACAAAUCGCGUAUAUACGAAAAUACACGUCCUUACCUAUCAUCUAUACAGUACGAAGUCAGAUAAACUACGGCACAUUCCCCAACGAUCAAGCGACAAUUUUUGAACUCUUAAAUUACGGUACCAGAUUCGGAUGUGAAUUCAUUGAUAUGGAAGCAAACUGGAGCGACAAAACUAAAAGACAUUGGUUGAAUACGAUUAAGAACAAGCAUCCGUAUAUUAUCGCUAGUUUACAUCUACAAUUGUCUGUAUUCGAUCUGAAUCGAGUUAUCCACCAGUGCAUUAGCAGUGGUCAAGUUGACGUAGUUAAAAUCGCUAUAGAUAUCGACUAUAAUACGUGGCUAAUCGAAGAUAUUCUGAAUAUUUUUACUCAAGCGAAAAAACUAUUGAAACAAUUUGGUCACCAAAAAUUUAUUCUAAUCGCAAUGGGUAAUCGAGGGAAGUUGACUCGGGUACUGAAUACAUUUAUGACACCUGUGACUCAUGAGCUGUUGCCUCAUUCAGCUGCCACAGGACAAUUAACAGUAAAACAAAUUCAAGAGGCUCGAUGUACAUUCGGCUUAAUUGAAUCGAAAAAGUUCUAUCUGUUCGGAUGUCCUAUUCAACGCUCAUUAUCUCCAUGUAUUCAUCAGACUGGUUUUGAUUACUAUCAUUUACCCUAUAAAUACGAAUUGUGCGAAACAAACGACUUCUCACUCGUUCAAAAGAUCAUGAAACAGGUGGAUUUUGGUGGCGGCAGUGUAUCUAUUCCAUUGAAACAAGAUAUCUAUGAGUUAUUGGUAUCAGACACAAACAACGGAGUGAGUAACUCAGCACAAAAAAUCGGUGCAGUAAAUACUGUUCGUAAACUUGAAAAUGGAACGUUCUAUGGUGAUAAUACGGAUUGGAUAGCUAUUCAUAAGCUGCUCAGUGAAAAAAUAUUCAAUAAAGGUUCAGCACUUAUCGUUGGUGCUGGUGGGACCGCACGUGCGGCGUUGUAUGCGCUGAGCCAAAUUGAAUACGUUCAGUGUAUCUAUGUGUACAAUCCUCGCACUCCUGAGAAAGCAAUUCAUCUGACUGGUACAUACAGCAAUCCAAAUAUUUUACCUGUAACAAAUGAUGACGUUAAUAAGUUGAAAAAUAUUUGCGCAGUAAUUAAUACGUUACCAUCAUCAGUCAACUUCACAUUGGGUAGGUCAUUUUUCGAGAAUAUCUCUGCAUCAAACAAUUUUCCAACACUACUGGACGUGAACUAUAUACCGUAUCAAACAGAACUGAUAAAACAAGCCCAACAAUACAACUGGAGUGUUAUUCAUGGUAUUGAUAUGUUAAUCGAGCAAGGUUUACAACAAUUUCAAAUUUGGACAGGAAAAGCGGUUGCAGUCGCUCCACUGAUAACAGAAACCGUACGCCAAACCUAUCAUAAAACUUUCGAUAAGAAUGAAUAA